CAGUGGGCAUUGGCCCCUCAUCCGGCGAAACAAUGCAAAGAGCUUUCAUAAUGAGGUUUACAGUGUUUGGUGAUUGUAUGGUAGAAACGUGGAGGUCUUUUUCGCGAAGAAAAUUUGCUCCUUUUUCAAGAGUACUUCAAAGGUUGAAAUUUUCAGUCGGAUAUGGCGUGAGUUUUCAACGAGGAUAUAUUGAUUGCGAUAGCGGAAAACAGUCGCUCGCUGGUUGACGCACGCAAGCUUUCCUCGCGCGUGUGAAAGCUACAACGCCAGCUGCGACAUUAUAAUCUUCAGUAGCAUAGUCUCCUUGAAAAUGGAGAAACAAAUACCCGACUCUGUCAUUCUAGAAGUAUUCAGGUACCUCUCGAAAAGGGAACUAGGUAUUUUGGCCCAAGUUUGCCGGCGCUGGAGAAGAGUAGCUUACGAUCGUUCGCUUUGGUGUGUUGUUGACAUGAAUGAUUUUUGGCCUGCGGUCGAUGAAGAGACUUUGUUGAUGUUGAUCCGGACGCGUUUAUCUUCGGUAAAAGCGCUCAAUUUGGGCGGCUGUACCCUUACAGCUAAAGUGGCAAAAGAGCUGGCUAAAAGAUGCCAGCAACUCCGUAGUCUGGUCUUCUAUGGAGCCGAGGUUGAAAGCGAAACGGGACACGAAGGCAUACGCGACUUUCCAACAGGUUUAGAACUCAUGGAUUUGCGCUACUCGUGGGGAAAUUUCAAGUUUAUGAGGCGAUUACCGAGGCAUUUUACGCAAAUGAGAUACGUUGGUCUGGGAAUGGACUCAUCAGAGAGUCUUGUCCCCGAUAUAUUUGCUAAAAUGAGGAACUUGCGCAUUCUGGAUUGCACGGAUUGCGAGACAUUGACCGAUGACGCACUUCUCAAGGUCUCAAUGAAUUGUCCGCAUUUGGAAUCGAUUUGCUUGAACGAAUGCAAGAAUUAUCGAGGCAAAUACCUUCAUCGGGUCCUUAGUAACUGUAAAUUCGUGUCUACACUUCUUAUUCGCUUUACAAAGAUAACCGAUGAAGCUCUGAUGGCGGUAAAUUGGGAAAAGACGAAGGUAAAGGAACUUGAUUUGACAGGAUGCUACUUCGUUACUACAACUGGUCUUUCAAACGUGAUUUCUAGGUUGCCCGACAUUCGCUACUUCAAAAUGAAUCAAUGUGGAUUUCGACACAUUCUUCAUUUGAGAAUUUACCAAGAAGUAAGACCAACACUAGCCUACAAAUGUUUAGAAACUUUAGAUCUGCGGUGGAACUUUCUUCUUUCCGCGGAAUGUUUGGAGGGCGUACUACAGCAGUCCCCCUCCCUGAGGUACUUGGGGGUCAGUCACUCCCCGAGAAUACCCCCGUCGGUCAUAGCUGAGAUGUUCAAGUUUGUUUCCAAGUUAAGGAUCUUGGAAUUUGGACCUCUGCGAAAGGAAGCACUUUCAGAGAGCCCUCUAGUACCAAACUUGAUUAAAAUGUGUCCCCUCAUUGAGGCUGUGUCUUUGAUCAAUUUCAAGCUCAUUGAUGAUGCUGAUGCCGACUUGGUUCAGGAGCUUAGAGACAAAUGUAAACAUAUCAGGGAAGUGAAACUGUGUAGUCCUCGCAUUGAGCAUGUGGCCAUUGGAAACAGUGGAGAGACCAUCACUGUAGAGCGACUGCUUAUCAAAAUGGAGAGUCUGCUGCCAAGCCCAGAAAAUACACUUGGCAAAGUUAUCAACAAAUUACACGUUUAGGUAGCUUUUAUUCUUAAUGUAGUAGAUCUUCAUUGUAUAUUAUUACCAGAUGUUACAGGAAAAAAUUUGAUGCUCACUCCAUUUUCAUGAUUUGUCACCUAGUUAGGGCAUUUAUAUACAGGAGCUUGUCAACUUAUUGAAUGAGUUGGUACGCAGUCCUAAAUGAAAUUUUCAUCUUUUUUUGGUGAACAGAAUCAUAUUAUUGGUUUGUUACAUGUAAUCCUUAGUUAAUCUGGGUUAAAUUCUAUUUGUAUAGACUCAGAAUGAGAAACUUCAUAAAGUGAUUUCAAUCUUAUAUCUUAAUCAGCACGUUAAAAUAAUUUACCGACAUUUUCAGAUGAAUCUUCCGUGACAAAUUUUCAGGUUAUUGCCAAACCUAUCAGAGUACUUCUCCAUACAUGUUCCUAUGAUAUUUAAGUCAUCAAUUUUUGUGAUGCAACCAUAUUGAUAUACUGGUUCUUUUUCUGAGUGUUUGGUUUCAUAGCAAACCUGCCUAGUUAAUCUGACUUUGUUUACAGCUGAAAUUUGGUGUUACAUAAUAUUUCUAUUUUUAUGAGGAUUGCGUAACAAUAGUAUAAGACUGAACUAGUCAAGUUGACAAUUUUGGGUAAAAAUGCUGGGGUCACUUUUGUUCACAGAGAUUUUUUUCUGUUCCCCUCCAUAAUUCUCUGAAAGAGGUGAAUGUAAUACAGUAUCCAAAUUCUACUAUGACUGAUGUUAAAGCAAAGUGUUUAAAAGCAUUAGUAGAACAAAUUUGCAUAAGUUGUUUAAGUACCCUAAGCAUUAUUUAUCCAGAAUUGUGUGUAGUGUAGUGUAUUUGUGAAUUAAUUUCUUGUUUUGCUUUACAAUGCCAUCUUUUCAGCAGGCAGACUUGCCAGAAUUUUCAGUUCUUACAUGUACAUGUACAUAUAUACAUGAAAUAUACCCAAAGUGCUAGUAACUAAAAAGUGAUUUCAGCUAAGAAACCCAUUUUUCUUUCCUAAUUUAGAAUCAUGAUUCACACAAUUUGGUGAAAUAAUUUUUGAGUUUUUUAAGUAAAAGCCUGUCAUAAGACCAUCAAAAUGAGAGCCUUUGAGCUGUUCUUACAUAUAAUACUGUUUGUUUGCUGUACAGAGUAGUUCUAACUUUUAAGUCUGUGGAUAAAGCUCUGACAAUUGAAAACUGUGGAGCAGUACCUUUUUUUUCCCCAGGGAAAAGAUUAGAGAAGUAUGCAAAGCUCUUUUUUGCUUUAGUUUUGUUUAGACUGAGGUAAACAGUUAAUAACAUUUUUUUUCAACUUGUCAGAGACUACAAAAUGUAGUUUCAGUAUUUUUUUUCUUUUCAGUAUUUGAGGUUUUGGGAAGUGUUACCUUGGGAUCUUGUAAUCCUAACUAAAAUCUUUUAUUAUCCCAAGGAUGUAGAUGUAAAGAAUAAGUCAUAGGAAAGCAUUACUUCUCCACUAUCAUUGCAAUCUCCGUAGGUUACCCCCAUACAAAAACUAUAAGAAACUUUCAGCUGUGUUUCUCUUCCUAAACAAACUGGCAUUGUAAAGCAAAACAAGAAUUGCUGUAAAGAGAAAAAAUAUAUAUAUAUACUUUAGGACUGGAUCCUAAAGAUUUAGUUCAAAAUGUUGAAAAUUUGUAAUUACAAACUAAAACAUUUAAUGCAAUGUAUUUAUAUUGUAUAAUUUGUAAUUACCAUUUAAUAUUAAACAAAAUCACAAUAUUAGUAUCAUACGAGUGAUGUGGCUCAAACUAUGGAAAUGAACAUUUUGAAGAGCUAUUAAAAAAUUAUUAUACAUA